CACUGAAAGAUCUAAAAGAAUGGAAAGUUUUAAUACUAUAAAGUAAAAGAAUGGAAAUUCAUAAAACAACCAUAGGCCGUGAUAUAGAGGUAGUUUGAUCAGCUGCCAUAUUAUUUUUUUGAUCCCGUCAAUGUCGUUCCCGGAAAAGAGAAGUAGUGAAAAGAAGGAGCAACCGCCGAAUCCGUCACUACCCGAUGAUUUGCUAUUGAGCUGCUUCGCCCGCAUCUCAACGUUGUACUACCCGUCUCUCUCCCUCGUCUCCAAAAGCUUUCGGUCUCUCCUUAUUUCACCGGAGCUUUACAAGGUCCGCUCACUCUCCGACCAGACCGAUAAUUGUCUCUACGUGUGCAUACGAUUCUCUUCCGGCCAGGGACCUUCCUGGUACACCCUAUGCCGGAAACCUGACCAAACCCUAACCAAGUCAUUGUCAUCUUAUGUUUUGGCUAAAGUCCCAAUACCAAACUCUCCUCGUGCGUCCUUUAAAGGUCUCGUGUCGGUCGGUCAUAAUAUCUACAACAUUAAUAGCGGACCGGUCUCGGUACUAGAUUGCCGGUCUCACACAUGGAGCGAGGCUCCAAGCUUGCGCGUUGAGCUCCCUUCAGUUUCCGCUACCGUCAUUGAUCGAAAGAUAUAUGUAGCAGGUCGUUCCAGAGAUUCCGAGAAUUCGUUACAAGUGUUCGACACGCAAACUCGAACUUGGGAUCCUGUAGCCAUCCGGUUAAGAGACGGAUUCCACAAAAAAACCACAUCUGUUGACGGAUACUUACACGUGGUGGCUAAACAAGAGGUGGUUGCUUACGAUCAUAAGAAAGGUAGAUGGGGACUGGGCAGAUCGAAUGGAUUGUUAUAUGGAUUUGCUUAUUGCGAGAUAGACAAAGUACUGUACUCUGCUUCGAGGGGAGUGUUCAGAUGGUUUGACACUAAAUGGGGAAGGUGGAGAAAGUUGAAGGGCUUGACAGGACUUCCUGAGAUCACUUGUGAAGCUCGUGUUAGAUUGGCUGAUUAUGGAGGAAAGAUGGCGGUUUUGUGGCACCAACAUUUGUCUUUUUAUAAUCGUUUCUCACCUAAGAAGAUGAUUUGGUGUGCGGAGAUUUCACUUGAAAGGCGCAACAACGGUUGUGAAAUUUGGGGGAAAGUUGAGUGGUUUGAUUAGGCCUGGGCGUUCGGGUACCCGUUGGCGUUCGGGUCGGGUUUUUCGGAUUUUCGGGUUUUCGGGUUUACGCUCCUAGGUCCCAUAGUAAAAUUUCAUUAGUACGGGUCGGGUUCGGAUAAUAACACUUCGGGUUCGGUUAAAAAUUAUAUUGCAUCCUAAAACCCAUAAAGUAACCAUAUAUCUUUCGGGUUCGGGUUAUAUCGGUUCGGUUCGGAUAUAACCAAAGUAAAAAAAACAAAAACUUAAAGAAAAACAACUAAAUUAAUAAAAAUUAAUCUAUCAUACAUAAAAUUGCUAAAAUAACAAUAAAAUGUUAAAUCAAGCAUGAAAACAAACAUUAUUUGUAAACAAUAUACAUUAUAUUAUAGAGAGUAUACUUGUUAUUCCAAUGAACAAAUUAUAAAUUACUUAUUUAUAACUAAUUGUGUACUUAAAAUAUUUUUAAUAUUGUUAACAUUGUUAAUAUUUAUUAUUAUAUAUCAUAUUACCACGAAUAUUAAAUUUAAUAACUAAAAUACUUAUAUAUAUAUUUCAAAAUAUUUAUAUUAACUAUUAGUUUCGGGUUUUUCGGGUUACCCGUUCGGGUUCGGUUAAUAACACUUCGGGUUCGGAUAUUUUUUAUACCACCCUACAAAACCCGUUCGGGUAUUUUUACAUUUCGGGUCGGAUAACGGGUCGGGUUUUUCGGUUCGGGUUCGGUUCGGAUUUCGGGUUCCGGAUUUUAUGCCCAUGC